GUUGCAGUCGGUCGCAUUAAACGGAAGCUGAACGCCAAAAAAGUUGCCGUCGUCUCUUCAUUAUUCUACUGCUGAGUGUCGCGCGUGUGUUUUGCCGAGAGACGCGACGCGAGUUUUGUGUGUCGCGAGAUUUCCGCGCGCGACUUUUUUAGUGCAACUUGCGGCCAGGCGAAAGGCAAAGCUAAAAGGCAACCCCAAGCUGCGACUGACUCACACUCGAACACACACACAGACAAAUGUGUGUGCGUGCAAAUUUGCCGGCAUUUCAGCAUUGCUGUUGUUGUUGCCGUUGCCUAUUGUAGUGACAGUCUCAGUCGCAGUCACAGUCACAGUCAAAGUCCUCGACGCGCGGUCGUGGCAUGCUGAAUACUUGACAUUUUCGCCGCCAAAUUGUGUGCGAUUUCUUCAGGCUGUGGCUGUGUGGCUUUCGCUCUGACAUUGGCAUGAACGUGGCGCCACAACAGCUGCCCCUGCCUCCUCCCAGUUGCCUGCUUCUUCUUCUUCUGCAACGAUUGACUGGCAAACAAAUUUUGCAAUUCAAUUUCUAUUGUGCAUUGUGUGUGUGUGUGCUUGCUGUGUGUGCGUGUGUGUGCGCAUCGUUUGCUGUCAAUUGAAAGUAAUUCGCAUAAAAAUUGAAAAUUGCAUGCAAAUUAAAUAAAUAGACAACGCGACAAAUAUUCGAGAAAAAGUACAAUAAAAACAUCAUAACAGAAAAGCAUAAAAAAAAGCAAGAAAGAAAGAAAGAAAUAGGAUAUUCAAAUGACAGUUUUGAGUUGAGUUCGCAAUCAAAGCAAAUGUCAUUAGCACGCGCCACGUCAACAACAUCGAGAAGGAACAACAACAACAAGGAUAAGAAGAAGCAUCGCACUUGCAACGGUAGCAGCAUCAUUGACUGGAAUCUGGAUUUGGUGGCAGAACAUUUGCAUAACUUGGCUGCAAGUUCAACGUGCAACACACACACAGAUGUCAACAGCACUUGGGAUUGAUGCAGCUGCAGUAAAAUCAAAGCAAUUGGCACAAACAACGCACAGCAACAGCAACAACCACAACAAUAACAACAAAGUGGCAAAUAGAAAUAGCAAUCGAAAUACAAAAAGAAAUCGAAAUCGAAAUAGAAAAUCGAAAAUUCAAAUGCAAAUAGAAAUUGCGGCGGUCGCAACACAAAAAAAUAGCCAUAAAAUAGCAACGACAACAAGCGGCGGCAACAGCUGCAGCAAAUAACAAACGUCAGCUGCAAAUCGGCAAAAAACAAGCCACAGUAGCAACAACAACAGCAACAACAAUUGAAACAACGACAACAAUCAGCAGUAGCAACAGCAAUAGCAACAAAAUGGAGUGGCAUUUAGGCCCUCUCUUUAUCAUUUUGAUAAUGGCCGCCAAAUGUGGCAGCGGCAAUGGCAUGCCACAGAGUCAGCAACAUCAUGAGUCAAAUUCACAGCUGGAUCCGGAUCCGGAGUUUAUUGGCUUCAUCAACAAUGUCACGUAUCCGGCUGGUCGUGAGGCCGUUCUCGCCUGCUCGGUGCGCAAUCUGGGCAAGAAUAAAGUGGGUUGGCUGCGUGCCUCAGAUCAAACGGUCCUCGCCUUGCAAGGACGCGUCGUGACGCACAACGCCAGGAUCAGUGUCAUGCACCAGGACAUGCACACCUGGAAACUAAAGAUCAGCAAGCUGCGUGAAAGCGAUCGAGGGUGCUACAUGUGCCAGAUCAACACGAGUCCCAUGAAGAAGCAGGUCGGCUGCAUCGAUGUCCAAGUGCCGCCGGACAUCAUUAACGAGGAGUCGUCGGCGGAUUUGGCGGUGCAGGAGGGCGAGGAUGCGACACUCACAUGUAAGGCCACCGGCAAUCCGCAGCCGCGUGUCAUUUGGCGACGCGAGGAUGGCGAAAUGAUUCUCAUACGUAAACCCGGCAGUCGCGAGCUCAUGAAAGUGGAGACAUACAAUGGCUCAUCGCUGCGGCUGCUGCGACUCGAACGUCGUCAGAUGGGCGCCUAUCUCUGCAUUGCCUCCAACGAUGUGCCGCCGGCCGUCAGCAAGCGCGUCUCACUCAGUGUGCAAUUUGCGCCCAUGGUGCGUGCACCCAGCCAGCUGUUGGGCACACCGCUGGGCUCCGAUGUGCAGCUAGAGUGCCAAGUGGAGGCUUCCCCCUCGCCCGUCUCCUACUGGCUGAAAGGCGCACGCACCUCGAAUGGCUUUGCCAGCGUCUCAACAGCGAGCCUCGAGUCUGGCUCGCCGGGUCCCGAAAUGUUGCUCGAUGGGCCCAAAUAUGGGAUAACGGAGAAGCGCGAUGGCUAUCGCGGCGUCAUGUUGCUUGUGGUGCGUUCCUUUUCAGCCUCCGAUGUGGGCACCUAUCACUGCGUCAGCACAAAUUCGCUGGGUCGUGCCGAGGGCACACUGCGGCUAUACGAAAUCAAGCUACAUCCGGGCGCUUCGUCGAGCAACGAUGAGCAUCUAAAUUACAUAGGCGGUCUCGAGGAAGCGACGCGCAAUCUGGCCGCCAGCAGGGAAGCGACCACGUGGCAGCUUUCGCUGCUGUUGUCGAUGCUGCUGUUGCUGCCACUUCGGUUGCCACCGUGGGACGCGUGAUAUCAAAACUGAGCGAGAGCCGGCAAUCAAGUAUUCCUACAGGUGUUAUCCCUCAGUCUCCCUUGAAAAAACACACACAAAACAAAAAAUAUAUAAUAACAAUUCUCUCCAGCUUAAGCUCCCGCUCAAGUUUUCCCUUUUUCCCUAAAAAAAAACUUUUGUUGAACCAUAUCGAUGCAAGGUGAAUGCCAAAAGAAAAAAACAAAAAUAUAUAUAUAGUACAUACAAUACAUAUAUCAUUUACAUACGUAUCACGAUCAAUGUUGUUUCCCCUCCGUCGAACGUCGAAAAGAUAUCAAAAAACAAAAACACAAAUCGAAUGCCAAACUGCCCCCAAAAAAUAAACAAAAAACAAAAAAUAUGUCGCAUAAUGUUAAAUUGCAUAUAAUUAAACACGAAAUACUAUAAAAUAGUGCAUAAAUAUAAUUAACGAAAAAUUAUUGAAUAAAUUAUCGC